AUGCCCGCCGCCGGCUUCACGCAGCGCGCCACGCUCGACCCCGACACCGACGAGAUAUUCGUGCUCUCCGUGAGUACGCAGCCCCACUACACACUGUACACCUGCUACAUGCCCGCCGCCGGCUUCACGCAGCGCGCCACGCUCGACCCCGACACCGACGAGAUAUUCGUGCUCUCCGGCAUGAGUAAAGAAAAGGAUAAACGCGUGUACAACUCACUGUGGGUGUUAUCAUUGAAACGAUUGACUUGGACCUGCAUAUAUCGGAACGACAGCGUGUCCCCGUCGGAACCUCGGCCGAGGUUCGCGCAUCAGCUUGUAUACGAUCCGGUUAGAAAGGUUCAUUAUUUGUUCGGCGGCAACCCGGGCACGGCGAAUAGCCCGCGGUUGCGGCUGGACGACCUGUGGGCGCUGCGGCUGCAGCGAGCGGAGCGCGGCGACGUGUGGCGCUCCGCACGCGCCGCGUUGCGCGAGGCGUGCUACCGCGAGCUGGCCGCCACGCCCGCUGCCCAGCCGCGCGCGCUACACUACCUGCGCCACGAGCUCAGCGCAGCGCUCGACCACUGCGACCCGCUGCAGGUAGCCCGCCCACCGCACUGCCUGCGCCACGAGCUCAGUGCCGCGCUCGACCACUGCGACCCGCUGCAGGUAGCCCGUCCGCCGCACUGCCUGCGCCACGAGCUCAGUGCCGCGCUCGACCACUGCGACCCGCUGCAGGUAGCCCGCCCGCCGCACUGCCUGCGCCACGAGCUCAGUGCCGCGCUCGACCACUGCGACCCGCUGCAGGUAGCCCGCCCGCCGCACUGCCUGCGCCACGAGCUCAGUGCCGCGCUCGACCACUGCGCCCCGCUGCAGGUAGCCCGCCCGCCGCACUGUCUGGGCCACGAGCUCAGUGCCGCGCUCGACCACUGCGACCCGCUGCAGGUAGCCCGCCCGCCGCACUGUCUGCGCCACGAGCUCAGUGCCGCGCUCGACCACUGCGACCCGCUGCAGGUAGCCCGCCCGCCGCACUGCCUGCGCCACGAGCUCAGUGCCGCACUCGCCCACUGCGACCCGCUGCAGGUAGCCCGCCCGCCGCACUGCCUGCGCCACGAGCUCAGUGCCGCGCUCGACCACUGCGACCCGCUGCAGGUAGCCCGCCCGCCGCACUGUCUGGGCCACGAGCUCAGUGCCGCGCUCGACCACUGCGACCCGCUGCAGGUAGCCCGCCCGCCGCACUGUCUGCGCCACGAGCUCAGUGCCGCGCUCGACCACUGCGACCCGCUGCAGGUAGCCCGCCCGCCGCACUGCCUGCGCCACGAGCUCAGUGCCGCGCUCGACCACUGCGACCCGCUGCAGGUAGCCCGCCCGCCGCACUGCCUGCGCCACGAGCUCAGUGCCGCGCUCGACCACUGCGACCCGCUGCAGGUAGCCCGCCCGCCGCACUGUCUGGGCCACGAGCUCAGUGCCGCGCUCGACCACUGCGACCCGCUGCAGGUAGCCCGCCCGCCGCACUGUCUGCGCCACGAGCUCAGUGCCGCGCUCGACCACUGCGACCCGCUGCAGGUAGCCCGCCCGCCGCACUGCCUGCGCCACGAGCUCAGUGCCGCGCUCGACCACUGCGACCCGCUGCAGGUAGCCCGCCCGCCGCACUGCCUGCGCCACGAGCUCAGUGCCGCGCUCGACCACUGCGACCCGCUGCAGGUAGCCCGCCCGCCGCACUGUCUGCGCCACGAGCUCAGUGCCGCGCUCGACCACUGCGACCCGCUGCUGGUAUAG